AUGAGGAUCCCUCCAAAGAAGCCUCACUUCUUCCGGCCCAUCCUACCUGGUUUCCUACGUGGACUUUUGAUUCCCAAGUCUUUCUUCAAGUACCUUGCUGGGCAGAACUGCGAGCAUGCAUUACUGAGAAGAGGUUGCAAAAAGUGGGCAGUGAACAUCAAUGGCCACCGUUUCGGAGAUGGCUGGAGAAAGUUUGCCGAGAACGAGGAUUUACAUGUAGGUGACUUCAUAGUCUUCAGGCAUGAAGGACACAUGGUGUUUGAUGUUAUGGUGUUCAAGCCAAGUGCAUGUGAGAGAGAAUGUCCACCGUGCGAUGUCAGAGAAGUUGAAUCAAUGCAGGAAAGAGAAAGUCCAAAGGCAAAAUCUGUGAAGAGAUUUGAUCGGUCUAAUAAAAUCCUCAAAAAGAAGCCAGACAGUAAGCAUUCUAAAGUGAGACCUUCUUCGUCUACACUUGAUCAUCCAUAUUUUAUGUCCACCGUGAAGCCUUAUAACAUUAAAGAGUACAGAUUGAAUAUCCCAAUGGGCUUUGCUAGGUCGAAUGGCCUAAACAAAAGACGUUGCGAGAUGAUUCUCAGAGACAAGAAGCGAAGAUCAUGGUCUGUAAAUCUUAUUUAUAAGGCCAGUCAGGUUUAUAUUGGACGUGGAUGGCGUGAAUUCUGCAUCACCAACGGUCUAAAGGAGGGAGAUUCUUUCGGGUUCGAGCUCGUCGAGAAUGGAAAGAAGCCUAUUUGGAACUUCCAUGGCAAGUUUUCCCUUCAAGGCUUUCUUGUACUAAUAAUAGUUAUGAAUGCUCUUAAAACCUUAUUUCCCCUCGCCCAUUUGCCCCAGCUUAUUCUCUAUGGAUCAGCUGAAAAGGAUGAGCCAUUCAUGACUGAUUUUAAACCAAAGACUACAUCAACAAUGAAAGACCUUCCUUAUUUUGUGUCCACUUUGAAGCCAUAUAGCAUCAAAAACUAUACUCUAAAUCUUCCGAUGAAGUUUGCUAGAUCGAAUGGUUUAGCUAACUCACAUUGUGAGAUGAUCCUCAGAGAUGAAAAACAUAGGUCAUGGCCUGUUGAGUUGGAGCACAAGGACACUCAUGUUUCUAUCAGAAGUGGAUGGCGCAAGUUCUCCAUAGCUAAUGGCCUUAAAGAAGGAGAUGCAUUCAAGUUUGAGAUCGUUGAGUAUGGAAAGAAACCUAUAGCCAACUUCCAUUUAUUGGAAGAGUCCGCUCAAAAGGAUAAGCCUCAUAUGACUAAAUUUAAAGCAAAUAAUACAUCCACACUUCAAGGUCUUCCUUAUUUUGUGUCAACUUUGAAGCCAUAUAGCAUCAAAUGGUCUACUCUGAAUCUUCCAAUGGAGUUUGCAAGGUCGAAUGGUUUGGCUAAAAAACACUGUGAGAUGAUCCUGAAAGAUGAGAAACAUAGGUCAUGGCCAGUGGAACUAAAGCACAAGGAUACACAUGUUUACAUAAAUAAUGGAUGGCGCAGGUUCUGCAGUGCUAACGGCCUUAAAGAAGGUGAUGCUUUCAAGUUCGAGGUCGUUGAGAAUGGAAAGAAACCUAUUGUCAACUUCCAUUGUAAGUUUUUCCUUCUAAUAGGAACAUGGUCAUGA